AUGUCGGCGGGUCUGGAGUCGUCGCUGGAGGCGAGCCUGACGGGCGUCGGCGGCGGCCCGGCGCGUUCCCGCAUCUUCAAGAUCAUCGUCAUCGGCGACUCCAACGUGGGCAAGACGUGCCUCACCUACCGCUUCUGCGCCGGCCGCUUCCCCGACCGCACCGAGGCCACCAUCGGCGUCGACUUCCGCGAGCGGCCCGUCCUCAUCGACGGCGAGCGCCUCAAGAUCCAGUUGUGGGACACAGCAGGACAAGAACGGUUCAGAAAAAGCAUGGUCCAGCAUUACUACAGAAAUGUCCACGCUGUCGUCUUUGUGUACGAUAUGACAAACCUUGCCAGCUUUCAGAGCCUGCCAUCCUGGAUAGAGGAGUGCAAACAGCAUUUACUUUCCAGUGACAUACCACGGAUUUUGGUGGGAAAUAAAUGUGACCUGAGGAGUUCUCUUCAGGUGCCCACAGACUUGGCCCAAAAGUUUGCCGACACCCACAGCAUGCCGCUCUUUGAAACCUCUGCUAAGAACCCCAAUGACAAUGAUCACGUGGAAGCUAUAUUCAUGACUCUGGCUCAUAAGCUUAAAAACCACAAACCACUAAUGCUUAGCCAGCCUCCCGAUGACGGAAUUCCUUUGAAACCUGAAACAAAGUCUUCAAUGGCCUGCUGGUGUUAAGAUUGUGGUAUCCUGUUCUCACCUUACGUUGAGAGAUGCUUAAACAAAAAAAAAGGCCGAGUUUUGGUGUCAAAUAUAGGAACUUCGCGACACUUUUUUUUUCCCCUUUCAGGUCAGGUAGUCUCAGCGAAGUUGUGUGUGGCUGCCCAAAGUAAGUAGGCUUUAACCAAUUCUCAGAGUGGAGGAAAUGACUUAUCCUUUGCUCCUAGAGAUUGCACAGUACUUCAUUUCAGAUGUGCUUCAGAUUUUCUUUGCAAGGAUGAAAUGGAGGAGAGUCUAG